AUGGCGGACGUCGACACCCCCGUCACCCUGCGAACUCGCAAGUUCAUCCGUAACCCCCUGCUUGGCCGUAAGCAGAUGGUCGUUGACAUCCUCCACCCCGGCCGUGCCAACAUCUCCAAGGAUGAGCUCCGCGAGAAGCUUGGCUCCCUCUACAAGGCCACCAAGGACCAGAUCAACGUCUUCGGCCUCCGCACCCAGUUCGGUGGCGGCAAGACCACUGGUUUCGCCCUCGUCUACGACUCCCCCGAGGCCAUGAAGAAGUUCGAGCCCCACUACAGACUCGUCCGCGUCGGCCAGGCCAGCAAGAUCGAGAAGGCCAGCAGACAGCAGCGCAAGCAGCGCAAGAACCGCAUGAAGACUCUGCGCGGUACGGCGAAGGUCAAGGGUGCCAAGAAGAAGAAGGAAUAA